AAGCUCACAAAGUUGCAGCUCAUUGUCACAAAGUGGAGGUAAUAUGCCAGGGAAGAAAAUUAAUCACCUUGAAAUGAAUUCUAGUAUGCUUCAGAACAAGUGUCUCAAACAACUUAAUGAGCCACAAAUGACAAAGGCUCAGCAGGCAAAGCAACAGUUUCAACAACGACAAAUGACAAAGCAAUUAAUGCAAAAGAAAGAGCACAUAGAGCUUCAGCACCACCAGCAGCCUGCAAUGUUACUGGCACAACAGAGUCCACAGCUUUAUCAGAUGAAUGAAGUAAACAGCAUGAAAGUGAGACGAGGAAUGGGUGUUAAAGCAGGGAAUUGUCUGCAACACCAUUCUGUAGGCAAGCUCUCAGUGAAUAACCCUUGUUUCGUGAAGCCUGAAGCUGUCUCCCCUAUGUCGUUACCUCAACUCCUUCAGACAGCAUCCCCUCAAAUUCCACAACAUUGUUCCCCACUGAGUGACCAGAAAAUUUUGCAAACAUCUUUUAGAAAUUCUGGGAAUCGUUUGCAGUCUUCAAAUUCAAUGUCCGUUGCUCCUCCUUCAACUUCGUUGGGUCCAUUACCCAUUAAAGGAGAUUCCAAUAGACUUACUUCUGUUGUUUCCCCAAUCACAAAUUCUGCAAAUAAUGAACCAAAAGAAACAUCUGAUGCACUAGCUCUGGACACAACCUUUGUGAUUUCCACUCCUGGGCUUUCACCCUCACUCUUGCUUGCAGAGAGUGAUCUGGAUCAAAAUCAUAAUCAUGUUUCAACAACAGAAUUUUGUGAGCCAAGUGUUACUGGGGAGCCUAUUCAGCAAUUAAUCAAAGUGGUGAGAUCUAUGUCUUACGAAGCAUUAAGUUCUUCUGUUAGUGACAUGGAGUCAAUUGUGAGAAUGGUUGAGAGGACAGCAGGAUCAAUACCAGGUAAUUCUAUAACAAUUUUUGGUGAGGAUUUGGUGCCGGUAACCAAUUUUUGUUCACAAGGAGCAAAGCUAGAUGGGAAUUCUAUAACAAUGAAAAUGAGACGCUAUGCAAGAGCAAUGCCAUCAAACACUGUUGCAUCAGACUGCAUAACUGAUAGUUUCAUACAGUUCACGGAUCCUGAGAGAUGUGAUGAGUCGUCAACUGCAACAUCGCAUAACAAGAGGCCUAGGGUUGAGGUAAAUUGGACGCUAUUGAAAGAAAUAAGGGAGAUAAACCAGCAAUUGAUAGACACUGUCGUUGAUAUAAGUGAAGUUAAUUCAACAGCAGCAACAUCUGUAACUGAAGGUGGUAAAGGAACCAUUGUCAAGUGCUCUUUUAAUGCUAUGACCAUCAAUCCUAACAUGAAGACAGAACCUGCUUCAGCUCCAGUGUCACCUAUACUGCCCUUACGAUUGCUUGUUCCGAGAAAUUAUCCAGCUUGUUCCCCCGUCCUCCUAGACAAGUUGCCAGCAGAAGUCAGUAUGGGGAGUGAAGAUUUAUCGGUAAAAGCAAAGUCAAGGCUGAGUAUAAUUCUUCGAAAUGUUUUGCAACCUAUGUCGCUUGGAGAGAUAGCAAAGAAUUGGGAUGUUUGUGCCCGUGCAGUUAUAUCUGAAUAUGCUGAGCAGAAUGGCGGAGGGACCUUCAGUUCAAAAUAUGGGACUUGGGAAAACUACCUCAGUGCUGCUUGAUCAGUCAUCGCUUUAAUUGGCAAGAAAUGUUAUUGAUCAAAAUUUCAUGAAAGGAAACAUGUAUAUAGGUUAUGUUAUCUUUGGUGAGAAAUUAUGUUUGUUUUUUUUUUUUUUCUUUUUUCAACUUCUUCAAGCAAGCAGAAUCUGACAUGCUCAUGACUCAAAUUAUAAUCCAAAUCUGAAGAAUUUAUGUAAAAGCUAAGUCUAUGGUGGUUAUCAUGUUUCUAAAUUAUGUGGUCAUAAUAAGUUGCCAUGGGUAUCUAAAUGAAGCCAGUUAACUUUAUAUGCAUAUAUAUAUCAAAUUUGAAUGAAUCUUUUACGUAGGAAAUAGGAAAAAUUGGCCUAAGGUCUCUCCCCAACUUUUAAUAGGAGGAGAGGUACACAAUAAUAUGUUAUGAUGGUUAAGGUCCCUCAACUUUAUUUUAUGUUAUAAAAUACCUAAUUUACCCUUGUUAUAACAUAAGAUCGUUUGGAUUUUGGCAAACUGCUGACUUCACGGUGAAAUUUUGGAAACUGAUUUCACGGUAGAGAUUUUGUCGGAGAUUUUGCAGAGAUUUCGCAAGUGUUGCAGUGGACUUCACGAUAGAGAUUACGACGAUCGUAUAGGUGUUAUAGUGUGUUGAUCGUGUAGGUUUUUCAGUGAAGUUGAAUCAGGUAUGGUUUCGAUAGAGAUUCCACAUGAAUUUUUUAUUUUUGUUUUGAAUUUUAUGUAAGGACUCCGAUUUCAUAUUAGUUUUUCGAGUGUAUUUUUGCAUUAGGUUUUUGUUUUUAGUUUUGAUCAAUUUAAAAGAGAGGCUAGCUCAGUGAAGUUGUCUAUGAUUUUUGGAGUUGAUUUUUCAUUUGCUGUUAUUGAUCAAUUUUAGACAGAGGCCAGCUUGAUAGAGUUGAUUUUUAUUUUUGGAAUUAAUUUUUCAUUCUCUGUUUUUUUAUCAAUUUCA